AUGACUGGACGUGAUUCUGCCGACAAGUUGGUCGAGCUACAGCGAGAACUCAUAAGUCCAUUAAAACAAGGUGGACUCUCCUUAAGGAAGUGGUCUAGUAAUUGUACUUCAGUGUUACAGGCAGUUCCAGCUGAACACUGUGUCACGCGUUUGCCGUUGCAGGACCACCUGGAGAUGGACAUUAAGCUUUUGGGCGUGCCAUACAAUGCGACAAAGGAUAAGUUUUUCAUUCAAACACAUGCAACCGAGACAGUAAAACAGCUUACGAAAAGACAACUCCUAGGUGAGAUAGCACGUGUUUAUGACCCUUGUGGAUGGUUAGAUCCCUUGGUGGUCGUGUCUAAACUGAUACUACAAAGGCUGUGGAAAGAAAACGUUUCGGGAGACUUGACAUCCAUGUGGACUGCAAACCGUCUUUCAUACCCACUUAGACACAUUUGA